AACUAAAGUACCAAAAUAGAAUUUGCAUGCAUAUAAUUCAGUUAUUAUGUUAGAAAUUAAAAUUUGUAUAACUAUAUAUAUAGAGAGCUCAUGCCAUUUAUCUUCAUAAACUUCAUACAUACUGAAAGCCGAGAAAAUAAAAAUGGAGUUGCAAAUUUUAUUGGUAAUGGUAGGAAUAAUAUUAGGGUUAGGGAUGGUGGUAGAAGUAGAAGGAAGAUCUCCAGUGUUGCAUGAGGUCGGAGGAAGUAGGUUUGGUUGGAGGCUUAAUGUUAACUUUUCUAAUUGGGCUGCUAAUCAACAUUUUUAUGUUGGUGAUUGGCUGUAUUUUGGGUUUGACAAGAGGAUUAUAAGUGUACUAGAGGUGAACCAAACAAAUUACAAAAACUGCAUAGAGAAAGACUACAUAACCAACAUAACAAGAGGAGGAAGAGAUGUAUUUAAUCUAACGGUUGCGAGGCCUUACUACUUCAUCAGCGGUCGAGGUUACUGCUUUCGUGGGAUCAAACUUGCAAUCAACGUUCAAGAUGCUCCAUUGCAUCCUACCCUCCCUCCUACUUCUUCUUAUUCUCUCACCAAAACAAGCCCUAAUUCUACUCUCAUCACGUCUCAUGCCACCACCACCACCUACUACCGAUUGUUCGAUCAUUUUCUCAUCACGAUCAUUGUCAUCAUCGUGUCUGUAACAACUAAUCGGUCCUUUGUUAAUUAGUAAUGCAAUAUUCCAUUGUCAUCAUCGUGUCUGUAACAGCUAAUCGGUCCUUUGUUAAUUAGUAAUACAAUAUUCCAUCAGUUUCAAAUUAAUGGUCACAUUGAUAACGUAACCUGACUUUGUAACGUCGUGUAUUUAUUAUUUACGUGUUUCUUAGAUAUUAUUCGAGGAUUUGAGUAGGGUACACUCGAUUUGCUUGUUUGGUGUUUCAUUUCUAUCAAAUUAAUGUUGUAAUAUAUAUUGGUGGAUGUGAUCAUUCAAUGUACCACACUACCAAGGAUGGUACAACAAGUUUUCAUAUGAA